UUUUUUUUUUUGUGUGUGUGUGUAAGUGACGUCAGCAUGUCCCCAAAGCAGAGGCAACACAGACAGCAGUUGCAAAAACAUUCACCUGUUCAUCAGAUACAUGAUUUCAGCGAAUCUGUUAUAGUUAUUUACGAAUAGGAAACGUACCGUUAUUGAACUACUGCAAGCAAACAUGUGGCUGCAUGUUAGGCUAUCAGAAGUAUGCCUUUUUCUACAGGCUAUGUUUAUUUUAGCGUGCUGUUUCAGUGAUAUGGAAUCGGGGCCUAUCGCGACGAGUGGCUCUGUUCAACCAAACGGAGAUCGUUUCAAAAUCGAGGGUCGGGCAAUCGUACCAGGGGUGAAAACUCAAGACUGGAUUUCGUCAGCCCGAGUCACGGUAGAGGGAGAAGAGUAUAUAGGCUUCUUGAGAACUGAUGGAAGUUUUGUCGUUAAUGAUGUUCCUUCGGGAUCCUACGUUGUGGAAGUGAUCUCACCUGGAUACAAAUUUGAAGCAGUCCGUGUGGACAUCACUUCUAAGGGGAAAAUGAGGGCCCGCCUGGUGAACUUCAUCAAGACGUCUGAGGUGAUCCGGCAGCCGUACCCGCUCCAGCUGAGGUCCUCUGGGCCACACACCUACUUCAUGAAGAGAGAGACCUGGGGGUGGACUGACUUCCUCAUGAAUCCCAUGGUCAUGAUGAUGGUCCUUCCUCUGCUGAUUAUCGUCUUGCUACCUAAAGUUGUCAAUACCAACGACCCUGAGAUGAGGAAGGAAAUGGAGCAGUCAAUGAACAUGCUGAACCCCAACCCUGAGCUACCUGACGUGUCUGAGUUCAUGACCAAGCUGUUCUCCGGCUCCAAGAGCUCCAGCAGCAAGGCUAUAGGUGGCAGCAAGGCUAGUGGCCGCCCAGCAGUCAAGAGGAGGUAGUACCAGAACAUUACAUGUUCCUCGGGCCUGAGGAACUACUGUAACUGGUCAUGCCAUGGAAAUUAUAAUACGAUUUUUUUUAAAAGAGCCUUUUCAUUCGUCUGUACAAUUGUUUUUUGAGCAGGGGUUUUUCCCUUGUCUGAAAUACAAGUCUGUAAGUGAAAUGACGGAGGAUAUCACAAGGCUUGAGAUGGAUGUUUAUUUUUUUUUUGCACUGGUAACUUCAACUCGAUAUAAAAGAAAGAUUUUACUCUUCAUUUGAUGUUUUGUGUUGUACCUGUGAGUGACUUUAUGCCUGCUUGGUCCCUUCAUUAUAGUCCUUAUCGUUUAACCCUCAUCUCCUUGGGGAAAUGGGAUAAUAACAGUCUCUAACAACCCUCGUGUGUGUGUGUGUGUGUGUGUGUGUGCUACUUUAGUCCUAUGUCAAUUCUAAUUCUUCCACUACUUGAAUGAGAGCUUAUAUGACAUUUUCCAGAGAUGUUCUUCUUUUUCUGAGUUAGGGCUGAGGUAAUAUGACUGUGAAUGGACUGUACAAAUAGAUUGCAUUUUAAUUAUUAAACAGACUUAUUUAAAUACCAAUGUAAAAUAAAAUGUAGAUGGUGAAACUGUC